GAUCCUGUCCGAGCACUUGGUGCGCUGCGACACCGACGCACGCGACCCCGACACGCACUGGUACCGCAGCACCGUGGCCCGCCUGCGCCAGGUGUUCCUAGUGCAUCACGAACAAGUGCAGAAGUAUAGCAGCACACUUGAAACGCUUCUCUUCACUCAAGAUUUGGAUCCUCACAUCUUGGACGUAUUCCACCAGUUCGUCGCACUCACCGCGUAGUUUCAAGAUUAGGAGCGCCAAUAUUUAUUUACUACACGAUACAAAGUUUAUAAAAGAUUCUCAUGUUUCUUGAUUACAUGUGACCAGGAUUGUAAAUAAUAUACAAUGAAGACUGGAUUGAAUAUACUAGCGAUUUUUUUUAUUUUAAUAUUUUUGAACCCAUCAAUACUUUAAGGGUCGUCGCACUUAAUAUCGACACCAGCGGAGUUAGCCAAAUUGGAUAUCUAUAAUUGUGAAUUUUACUGAACUAAAUCAAGUUUAAAACUGAAAACAAAGAAAUCUAAGAAUAAUUUAUUUCAAGGAAUGCCACAGAUCACGGUCCUGAGCCACCUGCAUCCAUCGACUUCCUGCAUGUCUUACCAGGUCGUCACUCCAUCUGGUGGAGGGAUGCCCUACACUUCGACCGCUGGUACGAGGCCACCACUCGAAAACCUUUUUUCCCCAUCGGUUGUCGGUUCUUCGAGCUAUACUCGUAUGGCCGGCCCAUUGCCACUUCAGCUUACUAAUCCUUUGGGCUAUUUCGGUAACCCUGGUUCUACUGCGGAUUUCCUCAUUUCUAAGUCUAUCACGCAGAGCAACCCCGAGCAGAGCCCUCUCCAUAGCUCGCUGAGCGACCUUGAGCUUCCUCAUACGGCCAGCAGUGAAGGACCACGUUUCAGUUCAUAGAUCAUCAGUGGCAACACGCACUGAUUGUACAAUCUAGUUUUUAAGUUUUGAGGUAUACCUGACGAGAAGAUAUGUCGUAAUUUCCCGAACACUGCCCAGCCGAGUUGAAUCCGUCGAUUGACAUCCCUAGUCAGAUUAUUUGUCCCAGGUAAACAUACUCGUCACCAACUUCGAGCUUAGUUUCCCCAACAACUACCGGCAUAGGUGUGACAUGGACGUUAAACGUGAUUUUUGUUUUAUCCAUAUUCAUCUUAAGACCUAUCCGUUGGGAGACACUAUUGAGGACAUUGAACAUCGUGCUUAAGUCCUCCAGCGAUUCUGCCAUAAGGACUAUAUCGUCUGCAAAUUGAAGGUGAGUGAUGUACUCGCCUUUGACGUUAAUACCGUAUCCUUUCCAGUCCAGCAGCUUGAGAACGUCUUCCAAUGCAGCGGUGAAGAGUUUCGGGAAAUAACGUCACCCUGUCUUACACCUCUCUGCAAUUGGAUAGGUUUUUAUUUUAUUAUUAUAUUAUUUUAUUUUAUAUUUAUUGUACAAACACUUCAGCACUUCGAUAUACCGACAAUCAACUUGGUACCGCUGAAGGGACUGCGGUACCGCCCAAAUUUCGACGGAAUCAAAAGCUUUCUCAUAGUCCACAUACGCCAGACAUAUUGGCAAAUUGUACUCCCCGGACUUCUGUACAAUGUUCCGAAGGGUAUGUAUGUGUUCUAUGGUGCUAAAGCCUUUUCAGAAACCGGCUUGUUCGGGAGACUGGAUAUAAAUAAUGAUAUACCGUUAUUACAGUUUUUGAAAAUACGAGUAAAUAAGGCUUCUACUUUUAUUUCAAAUUAUCCCAAAUUGACCGUGAUUUAUGGGCAUCAACUACGCGUACGCGCUCUCCUCUGUAUGCGUUCGUAGUAAAAUAGUAGAUUACCACGCAUUCUAAGUUAAAAUGAUAAAAAGGGCAGAAUGUUUGAGAUUUUUUAAUUAAUUUUUCUUAACCAUUCGUCUAUAUUACUCCUUCUGAACCUUCUCUGAAAAUUUGGGCGCAUAUUGCAAAAUAACCUUUGUUAUAAACUGAUUUAGUAGUUGUUAGCAAAAAAACCGCAUCAAAAUCCAUCAAGUACUUUUAAACUUUAAAGGGAAAAUAUACUAUUAUGAAAAUUGAUAUUCCCGGACGAGGAUUGCAAUAGUAAUAUAUUGUAGUCGUUACAAUUAUAACGUUUUAAGAAGACAACUUUGAAAAUUAUACAAUUUUUUUUCAUUAUACAACUAACUAAUAUACCUAUUUAUAAAUUAUUACUUGAAAAACAUUAAUGAUAGAAUUUAACCUACGUCAGAAAAAUGACAAAUUAAUUGAAUGCCAAUGUGCAAUGUUAACACAGGCCUUAUUUUUUAUCUACUAAGAGCGUAAUAUGGUAUAUUUAAUAUUUGAAGUUCUUGGUUAAUUGUGAAAUAUAUAUUGGUUUAUAUGGUUUAUCCUAUACAAAAAUGAGUGUCUUAUAGAAAAUCUGUGUAUAUUGAAAUAAACUCGCAUGAAAUGUUCUUGCAGUUAAAAAAUGUUGUUUACUUGUGUAAUCUAAAAUUGUAAGAGAAUUAAUUUGAAUAAUAUAUCUUUGGAACUG